AUGUACAGCUUCAUGGGAGGGGGCCUCUUCUGCGCCAUCGUGGGCAACAUCCUGCUGGUGGUCUCCACCGCCACCGACUACUGGAUGCAGUACCGCGUGUCCAGCAGCUACGCCCACCAGGGCCUGUGGAGGUACUGCGUGGCCAACAAGUGCUACAUGCAGACGGACAACAUAGCCUACUGGACCGCCACCAAGGCCUUCAUGAUCCUGUCUGGCAUGGCCUGCUUUGCCGGCGUCAUCGCCGGCCUCAUGUCCUUUUCUCACUUCUCCUCCUUUGGAAGAUUCAAUCGCUCCUUUGCUGCGGGAAUCCUCUUUUUCAUCUCCACCUUAUUUGUGCUGCUGGCGAUGUCCAUCUACACGGCGGUGACCAUCAACUUCCUGGGCAGAUGUUUUGGGGACUGGCGCUUCUCCUGGUCUUACAUCCUGGGCUGGGUGGCCGUGCUCAUGACCUUCUUCGCAGGUGUUUUCUACAUCUGCGCCUACAGGAUGUGCGAGUGCAGGAGAACGACGCGUUAGAAAGAGUGAAACAACUCCAAAAAUGGCCACAAGAGGGAAGCAAAGAACCAUAAAAUUAUGUGAACG